AUGAAGGUCGUGACGUUUGGAACGACAAACUUCAAAGCUCGUGAUAAGUUUGAAAAGCGAACCCCGACAGGUGCACGCUACAAGCUGCAUCGUCUGUCAAGGGAGAAGGGGUUACCCUGCCUCUCAUGGGGAGACUCGCGCCCAUGUUGUGUGAACAACUCUGCACGAGCACCUAAGGAGGCUUACCUCCUUACUAGCCCGUGGUGGCGCGUACGUAUCUCUACUGAGAUGUACGAAGGGAUUGACAGCCUGAAAUCCCUUUACGACCAUGCCGAGAAUAUUUUCUCCGGCGGUCCCUCUGCGGGACAGGAUGUGCCGCGUCGUACUGCUCAACCAGACCCAGUACGUCAACCAUCAGUUGGGAGCGGGGCUCCCAAGUAUCCCAGGACGGGGGAUAGCCGCGCCACCGGACGAGAUAACUCGUCCGACGUCCGUUCACGUCGCGGUGGCUCAACAGCUGCUCAACCAGAUAGCGCUGGCCACCGCGAGAGUCCUCUAAUGGAGGUGGAGGAGGAGGAAAGACGCUCUCCACACGAUCGUGGGGAUCCGUGUGUUCCCGAGAUCUUCUUUGAUCGCGUAACGCAAGGGUUAUGCGGCGACAUCGAACAUGAGCGGGACAGGCGUCUCCAAACGGCGGACACUGUCUUGAAGCAUCGAGCUGAGUUUGCCUUUGCUCAGCUUGAGAGCGAGAGAGCUCUGACAUCUCUUCGUGAUGAGAUAAGGGUAGCUCGUGGGAUUGUUGACCGUUCUCGGGCUGACAUAAGUGCUCUUCAGACACCUGUCGAUGCCCACCAUCGGGAGCACAAGGCUCUCUGCGAGAUGCUUGAGCGCAAGGGCGUUCUUCAUCGGAAGAAGCAGCGUACUGAUGGUACGGCUUAA